AUGUGGUCGUAUGAGUGUUGCAGUGUGGUACUGUGGAGCUGCCUGGCGCUGUCGGCGGUGCACUGCGCGGUGUUUCUGCUGGUACCAGAGUCGCCUGCGUACCUGGCCGCCGUCGGCAGAACUGACGUGAGAGGCGCGCGCGCGCUGGCGUGGCUGCGCGGGCUGCCGACGGACGCGGCGGCGCUGCAGCACGAGCUGCGCGCGCUGCCGGCGCCCGACCAGCACCUCGCCUCGCCGUACAGCCUCACGAAACGUUUCUUGAGCGAGCCGCGGCGGCGGCGCACGUUCUGGCUGGUGCUGGCGGCGGUGGUGGGGCAGGAGGCCUGCGGCGUGCUGGCGCUGCUGCAGUACGCCGAGCGAGUGUUCGUGCUGGCGCGGGACCAGGGCCCCGCCGCCGCCGGCGCCGCGCAGCUCGCCAGCCCCGCGCGACACGCCGUGCUACUCGGCGCGACGCAACUCCUGGCUUCUGUGCUAGCUCUUUACCUCGUUGAGAAAGUCGGCAGAAAGGUUCGGCCUAUUUGA